UCUCCGCUCAGCGGUAAGCUUACCGCCGCCUCGUCCCUCGUGAAAUCUCGCGAAUUCUGCGCUUUGGGGGCAAAGCUCUCGCCUUUGGAGAAGAAUGCCAGAAACCCUAGCUGGCGGAUCCCGCCGCGUCAGUCGCUGUUGCCGGAUCUCACAGCCCUGCUCUUUGUCAGAGUCUUGCUGACCUCCCCGGGGAUCUCCUCGCAGCGCAGCUUGUCUAAGGAAAAGAAGCUGCAAUCCUCCAAUGUCCAAAGAGAGAGCACAACUGCCAUGGAGGAUGAUGACCUUAUGGCCUCACCCAAUGAGGAAGAGGAGAUCGAACGGGUUCUUGCUGAUAUCCCUCUUGGCGAGCUUCAGAAGUCGCGGGCUGAUGGAUCCCAUGCUUCUCGAUCGAAGGCUCCCAUCGUAAGGCAACAGAAGCCUGGGCGUGCUCAUAAGAACAUGCCAAUGGAGAUGAGCAGCAAAGUGCCUGCUGGAAAGUUUAGGGAGGUCAUCCAAGUGCCCAAAAAAGUUACACGAGAUCCUCGGUUUGAAUCUUUAUGUGGAACUCUUGACACAAAUGGGUUUCACAAAAGAUAUGAUUUCUUGUUUCAGGUUGAGCUUCCUGCAGAGAAGGAGAAACUUCAUAAGUUAAUUAUGAAGGAGAGAGACCCAACUGUUAUCAAGGAACUAAAGGAACACCUUUGUUGGAUAGUAAGUUGUUGCAAGCUGAAAGAAACAUACCAUUUUAAUAUUGUUUUUGUUUGUAUGCUUCUUAAUAUGGUUUCUGUGGGAAAAAUUGUUUGAACUUUGUUAUAAGAUAUUAACUUGUAAGGCUAGUUAACUUAGCGA